AUGACAAUCGCGAUACCGCACUCGGCGCCCAUGCCACCAGGACUGAACGACUUAUUGGCCGGAGGGACUGUGUCCAAGUCAGUCUUGAUCAAUGGAGCAAACACUGGCCUUACGGCACCAGAAGAAGAAGAAGAAGUGAAAGAGAAAGGGGAAGAAGAAGACCAUUGCCUGCUCAAUGGCGCCGCCAUUAUACCUCUCAAGAGACCCGAAGAUCUCACCAGCGCCUGGUUGGGGUCCUUUCUCGGUCGCAAUCUUGCAGAGGAUGGAUUCCUGGUCAACCACAUUGGCCAGGGUCAUAUGAGCAACACCGUUCGCGUCGACUUUCACGAGGCCGAUCAACCACAUCGUCCGCAAUCGGUCGUGGUCAAGUUUGCAAAGGACGACGCUGCCAUUCGUGGCCUGGGGCUGAAAUUCGGCCACUACCUCCGUGAAGCCAUCUUUUAUCGGCACUUUGGCGAUCUUCUGGCGGCUGCGCUGCCCCUCUGCUACGGCGCCGUCGUCGACAAAGAUGCCUGGUUCACCAUUGUUCUGGAAAAUCUUUCCAUCCAUGGCAGCUACAGCGUCAACCAGAUCUUAGGGACCGACUACGAGCACGCAGCUCUGGCUCUCAAGACGCUGGCCAUGUUCCAAGCGCCGUUGCUGGGAACCUCCCCCCGGAAGGGCGACGAGUGGCUUUUGGCGCCACCAGCACUAGACCAAAAUCUCUUCAGCGAGUCCCUGCCCGCCUUUCGCGCCAAAUACAAACUGGAGCCGGAGCACGAUCGACUCCUGGAUUGGAUGGACCAAAACCUCGACGCCUGGUGGGCGACACGCGACCCCCCCUUCUCUCUCUUCCAUGCAGACUACCGUCUCGACAAUAUCAUUUUUCUGCCUCGAGGUGAUCGUCGAGCUGCGGUGAUCGACUGGGGAGGCGUCAGCUGGGCCUCACCAUUGAGAGAUGUGGCCUACUUCCUGGGUAACGGCUUGACCGUGGAAGACCGACGCAGAUGGGAAAAGGAUCUGGUGCGUGUCUAUCUCGACGAGAUGAAUCGUCUGAGUAAAGUCAAGAUGACCUGGGAUCAUGCUUGGACACAGUAUCGGUUGGCCGCGAUUUAUGGCCUCGCCCAACACAUCCCUGCCGCCGCCAUCGAAGAGCCGACAGAUCACAUCAAAGCCUUCUUCAACACGUUGGUCCCGAGACAAGCACAACAUGCCCUGGACAUGGAUGCCACCUCGUUGGUAAGACCUCACACCUCCUCAAUAUCGGCGACCGUCGGCGAUGAAAGUCAGCAAAUCCCGCCCGAUGGCUCCGGUCCCAUGUGGAGCGAGAGUUGGUAUUUUGACUGUGUCUCAAGCGACGGGGAGUUGGGGUUUUAUGGUCGACUGGGACGGUUGCCCAACCAACAGACCGGCACUUUCUUUGGCGGAAUCCUGCGGCGCAACAAAGAUCCGAUCGUGUUUGUCAACAUGGACGCUGCUCUUCCCACAUCCGAUGUGACCACGCAAACGCUCUGGACCGACCGAUUCACCGUUGAGAGUCGGUGUCUGGACCCGUUGAAGAGAUUCGCCCUCACGGUCCGAGGCACGGGUGCCGCCUUCUCCGACCCGUCAGCCCCGUUCCAUGGGGGAACGGGCGUAGACGUGGAUGAUGUGGUGGUCGAUCUCGUCUGGGACACUGCCGGCAUCCCAUAUCAAAAGCGGGGCCUGACCCGUUACGAAUUUCCCUGUCGCGUUUCCGGCACCGUCAAGAUCGGGGCUGAGUGUCUCAGCGUGCAGAACGCCCCGGGAGAGCGCAACCACAGUUGGGGGGUCCGGAAUUGGUGGGUCGCCGACUGGGUGUGGUCGGGUCUCCACUUUUCAGACGGCAUGGACGUCUUCACUAUUGCCUUGGGCAGGGGUCGCGAGAGUAGCGGCGCGUGCGGCGCCAUACAGGAGAACGGCAAGCUCACAGAGAUCACGAGUGUCGUCAACGAGUUUGACCCCGCAGACACCGGCGCCCCCAGCCAUCUCACCCUGCGGAUUGAACCCGGCGACCUGGUGAUCGAAUGCGAGAUGAUCGGGCAAGUUGGCCUGCGCCUCCUUGACCAGGAUGGCCGGGAAACGCAUCUUCCACGCGCCAUGUGCAGGGCCAGGACGAAUCGCGGCCAGACAGGGGUGGGAUGGCUGGACUUUAACAUUGUGGUCAAGAAAGAGCCCGACACUGCGUCGGGUGUAUGUGGCAAGAGACGCAGCGUUGCAGCCGGAACGGAUGCAGCAAGGCCGGCGAAAAUAAGGGCAACAACAGGAAGCAAGUGUUAG